UUCCAAACUAUAAACAUAAAUGAAUAUGGUGUUUAUCAAAAAAAAAAAAAAAAAAACAUAUAUGAAUAUGGUGUACUGCUUAUAGUAACAGAACCAUAAUAUGAUUCUCGGCUAAACACAGUACGCUUAAAAUUAGACCAGUCUCAUCAAAUCAGUCGUCUUAUUAAAUCAGUUGAGAUAUAUAUAUAUAUAUAUAUGUAUGUCAACACUUGCAGGUGCGUAUGAAGAGAAGGCAAAACCAAUUAGUGGAGAAAGCACAGAGAGCGAGUGACAACAUGGAUUCGCAAGAAACAAAGGUAAAAGAAGAGGCUGGACACCAAGAAGAUGACAUGAAAAGCAAUUUUAAUGAAACAGAGAAGACCAAAUUAUGCCUCAUGAGAGCCUUUGCUGAAAGGCAGGACCCCUCUUCCAAGGAAGUGGAUGAUCUGACAAUUAGAAGAUUUCUACGUGCUCGAGACUUGAAUGUAGAGAAAGCUUCUGCAAUGUUCCUCAAGUACCUGAAAUGGAGGCAAACAUUUGUUCCAAACAAUACCAUUUCUAUCACAGAAGUCCCAAACGAAAUUGCACAGAACAAGAUGUUUAUGCAAGGGUUGGACAAGCAAGGAAGGCCAAUAGCCAUUGUAUUCGGAGCGAGACAUUUUCAAAACAAGAUAGGGGGUGCAGAUGAAUUCAAGCGUUUUGUAGUGUAUGGCCUUGACAAAUUAUGUUCAAGGAUCCCACCAGGACAGGAAAAGUUUGUUGUCAUUGGAGACCUUAAAGGCUGGGGAUAUUCAAACAGUGACAUUCGUGGAUACCUUGCAGCACUAACCACUUUGCAGGACUACUAUCCAGAGAGACUUGGAAAGCUGUUUUUCGUGCAUGUACCAAGCAUAUUUAUGACGGCAUGGAAAAUUAUUUACCCCUUUAUAGACAGCAAUACCAAGAAGAAGAUCAUUUUUGUUGAGAACAAAAGGCUAACAUCAACCCUGCUUGAAGAUAUUGACCAAAGCCAGCUUCCAGAGAUAUAUGGGGGCAAACUGCCAGUGGUUCCAAUCCAUGAGUGCUAAUCAACUACACCAGAGAGUUAGAAU